CCACAAGUGAAAUAAGAAAAUCCUCCUGUUGCAGCCGUGGAUUAGGGAAACCGAACCACGUUAAAUUCUUGUGUGUCGCUUGUGUUCCGUUUCUCUCGUUUCUUGCAGAUUAUUUGUGUGUGUUGUGUGUUUAAUUCCCAACAAGUGGUAUCGGAGCUAGAUUGUUCAACACGAGAACACGAAUAGCGAAAAGCUGUCACCUAGGGUUUGCAGAUCUCGAUUGUUGGAUUGUGGAGAAAGAGAAGUGUAGCGCCGCCUGUUCGAGAAGGGGAGAUCUGCGCAGGUGUUCACCACCGUUUGCGAGCCGUCGCUGCAUCCCUUCUAGCGCCGCCGUCGACCUCUUGGAUCGAGAGGCCGUGCAGAAGGCAGUCCAGCCGCGGAGCCGCCGCGAAGCCACGCCGUUUCAGAUCGCGCCGCCGCCGUCAGAUCAGAUCGUCGCCGCUAGGUCUUGCCAUCGUUGCCGCGAGGAUCGUCGCCGCCGUUUGCGUACAGACCGCCGCACGCAGGAGCAACGAUAGAAGGGGCCGCCGUUAGAUCUGAACCGCGCCGCUACCGUCUUCGCGGAGUAGCCAGAUCCGCUGCUGCCGUCUUCGCGCAGUAGCCAGAUCCGCCGCCGCCGGGUUGAGGAGUCGCCCCCUGUCGCCAAGAAAUCACCGUCGCCGCCGCUGAGCAUCGGCGCUGCGGUAGUUGAAGGUUCGAUCGCUCGCCGAGUCGCCGCCGUCGUCCAGUGCAGAACGCCGGAGAAGAGCGCAGUGCCAUCGCCAUCCCUGUUUUGCUCCGCUGAAGUAGUCGCCGAAACAAAGAAAGAAAAAAAACUACAGGGGCGGCCGAAGGAAAGAAAAAAAAGAGGCAGUGGGCCUUUUUUUAUUUGGGCCGUGAUUUUCUUUUCAUUGGUGGAGUUUGUUUUUUUUGUUUUGGCUAAUUUAAUUAGUGUGCUGGGCUUGAUUUUCUGACGAAAUUACCAAGAUCUGAAAUUAGUUGUAUCGGGUAUCUCGUCUAGUCGUUUGAGAUGGCAGAAGAUGGGAAGUUCCGAAUUGAGAAGUUCGAUGGUACAGAUUUCAGUUGGUGGAAGAUGCAAAUUGAAGAUUUGGUCGUUCAGAAAGAUUUGGACGUGGUACUGGGUGACAAGCCAGAAAAGAUGUCGGAUGCAGAUUGGGCAGGUUUGGAUCGGAAAGCUAUGUCCGUGAUCCGUCUCUCGUUGACCAAGAAUGUUGCGUUCAACAUUCUGAAGGAGAAGACAACGAAGGGAAUUAUGGAUGCACUGUCUAACAUGUACGAGAAGCCAUCUGCAGCGAAUAAAGUUUUUCUGAUCAGAAAGCUGGUGAACACAAGAAUGAAAGAAGGCACUUCUGUUACCGAGCAUAUCAAUAAGCUGAAUUCGAUCUUAGCCAGACUUUUGUCAGUGGGCAUUAAGUUCGAUGAUGAAGUUCAAGCUUUGCUACUGCUAUCGUCUUUACCUGAUACUUGGUCCGGAAUAGUUACAACAGUUACCGGUUCAGUGGGACCCGAUGGAUUCACCUUUGAUCAGAUUCGAGAUCUCGUUCUUGGCGAGGAUGUCAGAAGAAAGAGUUCAGGGGAGUCAUCUGGUGAAUUGCCUCAUGUUGGUAGAGGCAGAAGAUAUAACAGAGGUAGUAGGAUCAGGAACAGACAAAGGAGUCAGUCGAAGACUCGUGACAGCUCAGGUGUAACAUGAUGGAAGUGCAAGGAGGUAGGGCAUUUUAGGAAUCAAUGUCCGAAUGAUAAGAAAGUAAACAUUGCUCAAGGCU